ACACGAUGCAAAUCAGAGCGGGAGCGAGUGGCGUCGCAAUUUGUUUAAUAAAAUGCAGUGGACACUUUUACAAGAUGCGAAAUAAAGUGGGUCCGGAACGAGUGAUAUCGCUACUUCAAUUAAACGUGGCGAAUGCGAGAUAGUCUUGCUUCAGAACGAGUGGAAACGCAAUUUAUUUUGAUAACUUGUGAAAAGAAGAAAGAAGAGAGCAGAAGUUGGACAAUUCCCCAAAACAGGAGUCCUACAAGAGGCGCCGGUGUCGGUAAAGUAACUUAGAGCGAAUUUUUUCCAUAUAUAAAGUUGACGUACAUAUAUUUGUCGAUUAAAAUAAAAAUAAACGAACAGCAAUCUGGUCGUCGCGUCGCGCGUUUGUUCCGGGAGUGCCGUUUAAAGUAAUUGGACUUAAUUAGUCCACGGGCGUAAUGUCAGGAUAUUUAACGCGAGUGUUUCGCGAGUGCAACGGGACGAGGAGACUCGAUAACCUGGAUCUGAGAGGAGGAGGAGACCUGGGAGAGGUAUCGGGCCCCAGCGGAGCAUCUUGGGUAUCACCGCAGCUUCGUGGCUGAAUAACUCCGCUCGUUGCGCAUCGAGUCGAUGGCAAACCUAUGUUGCGGCAAGGUGACACUGGUGAUUGGAUCGGUACAUUUGAAGGACACAAAGGAGCAGUGUGGGGUGUAGCAUUAAAUCCACAGGCCACUCGAGCUGCGACCGGUGCAGCAGAUUUUAAUGCCAAAGUUUGGGAUGCGAUCACUGGAGAAGAAGUUCAUUCUUUUCAACAUAAUCAUAUUGUCAAAUCUGUCAACUUUAGUACCGAUUCCAAUCAUCUGUGUACUGGUUCUAAUGAAAAACUCGUGCGCAUUUAUGACCUUAAUAAACCAGAAGCAACUCCACAGAUCUUUUCAGGUCAUACGAGUGGUAUUAGGCAUGUUACUUUCUUCGACAAUAAUUCUGCUUUAAUUACCUGUGCGGACGAUAAGACACUUAGGGUGUGGGACCGAAAUAGUGGACAAGAAGUUAAGAGACUAGACUUCCCUGCAAUUCCAAGUUCCAUGGAAGUGUCGAAAGAUGGAAACAUUAUUAUCACCACUCACUCUAAUAUUGUUACCUUUUGGGAUAGCAAAGAAUUAACCAAGAUAAAAGAAUGUACAGUUCCAACUCAAGUUAAUAGUACUAGUUUACAUCCAGAUUGUACUAUUUUUGUUUGUGGGGGGGAGGACUUCAAAAUGUACAAGUUUGACUACAACACAGGAGCGGAAUUAGAAUCAUUCAAGGGACAUUUUGGGCCUGUACACUGCGUACGCUUUUCACCAGAUGGUGAAUUGUACGCUAGCGGAUCCGAGGAUGGUACCUUGAGACUGUGGCAGACUGUAGUCGGCAAAACAUAUGGUCUUUGGCGCUGUAUAGAACAGACGCCUACAAUACCAGAGAAUGCCGUGAUUAAUAAUAAACAAGAAGUUCCUGCCACUUAAACUUUAAAGAAAGGAAAAGAGAGAGAAGGAGAAAAAGCGAUAAAAAAAUUUUCAAAAAUUUUUUUCCAAAAGCCUAAAAGCAGACAUCUUGGACCAAACUCUAAGCGAGUGGAUGAAUAUCCUGCAGAUAAAAUGCGUCGAAUAUUUGUUAUUUGGGCCGCUGGAAAUCCUUGUAAAUAACUCAUUCUUUUAGAAAGAGAUCACCUGCCUCCAUUGUGGCCUUUAUUCAAAAGUCGGAGGACCAAUUCCAAAACUCGUGGAGGUGGGAAUAUAGGCUAUUUAUAUUAUGAGGAAAAACAGCAGUGAAAAAGAAAUAUUAACAUUUAUUAACAUUAUACAUGUCACGUUAUUAUAAUACAAAAUUAGGUAGAGGUGUAACGAGAGAAAGAAAGACAAGUUCGUAACGAA